GCUGUUAUUAUUUCUCAUCUCAAGAAAACGAAAAAAAGUCUCCUCCUCAGUCUCUCCUCUACCACCGCCUCUCAUUUCAUUCCACCGAAAGAAUCAGAACCCAAACAAAACUACUCACAUAUUAAAAAAAAAAAACAAAAAAAUCUGAGAGAGAGAGAUCAAAGUAGGUUUCGAUUUUGUUGUUGGCGGCGUAAGUGUGGAAUUUCGCACAACGGAAGGGACGAAUGGACCCUGCAGUGUUGGACAAGAUAAUCGAAAGGCUAAUCGAAGUCCGAUCGUCGAAGCCAGGGAAGCUUGUUCAGCUUUCUGAGUCUGAGAUCAAGCAGCUCUGUGUUGCCUCUCGUGAUAUCUUCAUCCAACAGCCCAAUCUCCUCGAACUCGAAGCUCCCAUCAAAAUUUGCGGUGACAUUCAUGGGCAGUAUAGUGAUUUGUUAAGGCUCUUCGAGUAUGGUGGUUUUCCUCCUCAAUCCAAUUAUCUAUUUUUAGGGGACUAUGUAGACCGUGGCAAACAGAGUCUGGAAACAAUAUGCCUCUUGCUUGCGUAUAAAAUUAGAUAUCCAGAGAACUUCUUUCUUCUCAGGGGAAACCAUGAAUGUGCUUCUAUUAAUCGCAUCUAUGGAUUUUUUGAUGAAUGCAAACGCCGGUUUAAUGUGAAAAUAUGGAAGUCCUUUACUGAUUGUUUCAAUUGUCUUCCUGUGGCCGCACUCAUUGAUGACAGAAUAUUGUGCAUGCAUGGUGGCCUUUCCCCUGAUCUUACAAACUUGGAUCUGAUUAGAAACUUACCCCGUCCUACUCCUGUUCCUGACACUGGUUUACUGUGUGAUUUACUCUGGUCGGAUCCUGGUAGAGAUGUCAAGGGAUGGGGAAUGAAUGAUAGAGGAGUUUCAUUUACAUUUGGCCCUGAUAGGGUGUCAGAGUUCUUAACAAGGCAUGAUUUGGAUCUUAUUUGUCGCGCCCAUCAGGUUGUAGAGGAUGGUUACGAAUUCUUUGCUGAGAGGCAGCUUGUAACCAUAUUCUCAGCCCCCAACUACUGUGGUGAAUUCGACAAUGCUGGGGCAAUGAUGAGUGUUGAUGAAAAUUUGAUGUGCUCAUUUCAAAUUCUCAAGCCAGCAGAGAAAAAAACUAAGUUCAUGAUGUCCGCAAAAACGUGACCAAAAG